AUGCAAGAGGUCGAAGGGUUCUUAUCCGGUGAGAGAGAUUAUACCAAAUUAAAAGGCGAUACCGGACCUUUAGUAUACCCUGCUGGGUUUGUCUAUAUCUACUCGAUCUUUUACUAUCUGACCAACAAAGGACAAAACAUUCGUGUCGCUCAGUAUCUAUUUGAAGGCCUCUAUCUCGUGAGUCAAGGUAUUGUUUGCGCUAUUUACAAGCAAUCCAAAAAAGUGCCUCCUUAUGUCAUCUUAUUACUGGGAUUUUCCAAGCGGCUUCAUUCCAUCUUUUUACUGCGCUGUUUUAACGAUCCUGUGGCUAUGAUUUUCCUCUUUGCCUGCAUUUGGUGUAUGACGCAGCAAAAGUGGGCGAUCAGUACCGUCCUGUUUAGCUUGGCUUUAUCCAUCAAGAUGAACGUGCUACUGUUCUUUCCAGCCUUUGGCGUCAUCUUAUGGCAGGCGUUGGGUGCUCGGAAAACGUUGAAGCAUUUGGGAAUGAUGGUGUUGAUUCAAGCUGGACUAGGGUACCCCUUUUUGAAAGAAUAUCCAGGAGCGUAUCUCUCGAGGGCUUUUGAGUUUGGCCGCGUCUUUGACUAUACUUGGACUGUCAACUGGAGAAUGAUGUCGGAAGAGACGUUUGUAUCCCGUGGGUUUGCGACACAGUUGUUGGUUGGACAUGCCUUUACUUUGCUCAUGUUUAUUGUCUUUAUUUGGUGUCAACCGUAA